AUGGGUUCUGCUCAGAGCCAGGAGCAGCCCGACGUCGUACGAAUUGACAGGAGCGAAAUUCCAGAAGAGUACAAGACUGUGGGAGUAUCUUCUGAUGUAGUAAGGAGAGUCAAUGCUCAAAACCAAGGUGAUGGCAGUGAUGCUGAUCGUCUUCGAAAUGAACUUGCUCGUGAACGAGAAGAAAAAGCACGACUGAGAGAAGAAAUGAUGAAACUUUCAGAACUACAGCAAAGAAAGGUGGUUCACGGACAGUCUUCCACAAUGUCCGAUUUAACGGAUGAUAUUGAGGAAAGAAAGCGCAUCUUUGACGAAACAGUUGAACGCGUUCAACAAAAAUUCUUCGCAUAUCAUAGAGAAAACGUCUGUGCAGACCAUGAAAAGGAAAUUAUGAAGUGCUUACAAGCAAAUCCUGGUCGUGUCUUAAAGUGCGCACCACUCUCUGAACUAUACCAGAAAUGUGUUGCUGAUUUUCGUCAAGAAGUUCUCAAGGGGAAUUAG